GAUUUACUCAGUUUAAGCUGAGACUUGGUGGUGAAACGUCACGCUGUUCCGUUUCGCUGUUUCAAAGAAGAAGCAAAAAGAAAGUAUCCAAGUGUCUGUUCACCGUGUCACAUUGAUUCAAAUCAAAAUCAUUGUUUUGAGUUUUGUUCUCUGUUUCAUUUGUUUAGCGUUCGGUUGAAACGCUUUUGUUAUCGCUAUAAAUCUCGUAUUUUGACAUUUAUGACGGGAUUCUCGUGUUCAUUGCGUAUAAUAUCAGUUUUGUUUUCUGCCUCGUAAUUUUGUCUACACGAAAAUAUCUCUCCGAGAGGAAGAGCAACAGCAUCAGUAACAGCGACAACAACAGUUGGAGAAAAGAAAACAAAUCGCAAUAUUUAUUCAGUUUGAUAUCCGAGUUAAUCAAAUGUGCCUUCUUAAUAGUGCUGAACACAUAUUUCAUUAAUUCUCGCCGAGCGAUACAAAUUUCUUUUUUUUAUCGAAAUUUCGUUGUGAGAGAAAUAUUGAUGUGAAAAUCGCAUGUGCGAUAGAUACAUUUACUGGCUAAAAAUCGUGGUUGAAAAUUGGACGUCGAAACAAAAACAACAAACACACUGUGUAUUUUGAGCUAUUUUGAUUUAUCUAAAAAUAAACGAACCCAAAAGUGUGAGAAAAAAAAGAGAGCAAGCGAAAGAAAGAAAAGAGAAGGAAAAACUGUUUCACAGUCGGAAAAUUAAAUUAAGACAUAACAAGCAAAGGAAAGAAGAAUACAUACGUAAAACGGACUAUCGACGGCGACGAUUCGAUUCGCUGCGGCAUUUUUGCGCCUCUGACAUCGGAUAAAUAAAUAAAAGAGCGCGCGCGCGGGCCAGAAAUAUCAAGUCAAUGAGAAUUUUGAUUAAAAAUUCAUCAUUCAACGAGGAAAUUGAAUAAACAAAUCAUCGUGAAUAUUGAGAAUAUGUGAAUGUGACUUUAUGAGGUGGUUGUUGCUUCUUUUUGUUUCUACGUUUUGGAAAAAUAUUUUGAAUUGAACAAGAAACCAAGUGGCAAUUUAGUCGACGUGACGUUUUUGUGCGCGAAACGUCGUUUUUUCUGUGGGCUUCGUACACUCGCUGCGCUCGUUCUGUGUGAAAAUGUGAACUUUUUUUACUUAUACAUUGUAAAUACGCGAUCAGAUUAGACAAAGUUUCUCUUGUUGUCUGAGUGAGACUUUUUGAAAAUGUGUAUAGCUGUGGAAUUUAAUUGAAAACACUGAACUGAACUGAUUCUGGCUCAAGAUUAAUCUUUUAGUCAUCGUGGAUUAAUGAAUUUAUGUGUUCGUCUGAUGACUACUGUUUGUUCAUUGUAAAUGUUCGAUAUUAUACAUUCGUUUCGUCGUGUGUCGUCUCUUCUCUCUCAUCUUUGCACACAUUUGUCAGAGUCGCACUCAUUCAUUGUGUGUUUGCUCAUGGCUAAAUUUAUUGUUUAAAUAGUCUCAGCCAGCUGCAUUAGCAAUUCAAAACAACUCGACCACGAGACACACAUUCAGCGACAUACGGAUAUGUGUUAAACAUUUUUCAGCACAUGCAUUGAUGAAUCUAUUUGUGUUUUGUUGUAAAAAAAAACGUUUGAAUUCGAAACCGAGAGACUUGGUGACCGUACACCGAAGAAGCAGCAGCAGCAGCAGCAGCAGCAAAAAAAAAACAAAUAUCAAUUGCCAAGAUAAUUAUGUAAGGACAAAGUUCGUAACGAAAUAAACCAAAAUAUCAAACGGAACAUUCACUCAUUCUGACCAGAGUCGGAGAGUCCAAUAAAACGUGAUAGAAAGACAUUUUUUCGUGUUGACAGGAAUUUCGAUCAUCAAACCACAACAACAUCAACGACAAAAUAUUUCUUCGCGCACGCUAAAUAUUUCUACAGUGAUGUACAAAAUCCUACAAGUAAAUAAAUAAAUCAACGCCACUGUUUAAAUAAAUAGUCAUUUUCAUCGGUUUUAACAUUCACGGUGUGGAUGUCGCUCAACGAAUAUCUAUAAAAACUGCGAAUUAAAACGGUUUUCUCGUCGCUGAAGCAGCAGAAUUGUGUGUUGUGUGGCGGAAACAUUGAAUGCGAAUUUGAUAUUCGCAAACGGAAGAAGUCCAACUGAAAUCAGCAGAUAUUUUGUUAUCGAUAUGCGAAAAACGUGAGCUUUCAACGAAACAAAGAAAGUCAACCACGGAUCCUGGUUUUAUUUUUCGAUAUAUGUAAACCUGAGAAAGCGAAAACUGAUUUAAGCGUGUAGAUUGUGAUAAUAAAUCUGCAUUGCAUUCAAUAUUAUUUGAGAGACGAAAAGAAGUUGAAUACACUUUUGGAAAUAGCUCGUGAAACCGUCCUAAGACAAGAGCGGAUCCAGAGUAAAACGAAAACAACAGCACACACAUACACAUAAUCAGAAAGAAUAAGAAGAGGCUCAUUGAGUGAGAUUCAGCGAGAGAACCAAGUUGCAGCACCAGCAGCCACAGCAUAAUCAGCCUGCAGACAUGGCGCCGAGAUCAAGAAAGAAAAAGGCACAUGCCAAAACACUUACAUGCUACUGCAAUGUUUGCCCAGAAGAAUCUCCAGACAGCUCAAAAUGCGAAACAAGACCCGGCGGAUCGUGCUUCGCUUCCGUGCGUGGUAUCUACAACAGUACAACCAAUGAUUAUGAUGUCGAAUACGAAUUUGGAUGCAUGCCACCCGAACAGAGCGGAGGUCUUUUGCAGUGCCGUGGAUCAUUGCAUUUGGCCGGUCAAAAUAUCGAAUGCUGUGAAUCGGGUGAUAUGUGCAAUCAAGACUUGGAUUUAGAAUUUCACGCUCCGUCCACAACACCAUCGCCAUCGGAUACACCACAAUUCGAUCAGUUCAGCUACAAUCAGUUAGCCCUGCUGUUAUCGCUUGGUGUAUGUGCGAUCCUCUUCUUGGUGGUCGUUUUAGUGAUACUCGUCACAUAUCGUCGCCGUGAAACGAGGCGCAAACAAGCAUGUUUACUCGAAUCUGGUCACAGUAGCCACCUCUCCCCGUUGAACGAUCUGUUCGAACAGAGCAGCGGUUCUGGAUCUGGCCUACCUUUGUUAGUACAACGCACUAUCGCCAAGCAAAUUCAACUGGAAAAGUCAGUCGGACGUGGACGU